GAAUGAACUGAGUGGAGGAGCCCCCUGGAAGACCGUGGCAAUGACUGUCUGCAUUUAUGUAAUCCUCAAAUUCCUGCAGGGAGGUGGUGCAGGCACUUCGGGUUUUGUAAGCAACAUGCGCUCCUUCAUAUGGAUCAGAGUCCAGCAGUACACUAACCGUCAGGUACAGACUGGACUCUUUGCUCACCUGCAUUCCCUUUCACUUCGCUGGCACCUGGGGAGGAAGACUGGAGAAGUCCUACGUAGUGUGGACCGUGGCACCAGCAGCAUCAACUCCUUGCUGAGCUACAUUGUUUUCAGCAUCUUCCCGACGAUUGCUGAUAUCAUCAUUGGCAUUGUUUACUUCACCACGAACUUCAAUGCCUGGUUUGGUCUCAUUGUCUUUGUUUGUAUGGCACUGUAUCUAAGAACUUAGAAAUUGCUAAACAUGAAGAGUUGAAGAUCUAUUUCUGCCGCCUG